AUGGUUGAAAUUGUAGAAAGUAAAGAAAUUUUGAAAAAUUCGAUCAACCUUAUUUGGAAAGCAACUGGUGAAAAAGUUGUUACUAUUACUUUCAAUAACUACUUACGCUUAGCAACUAUUUCAUUAAAUAAUAAAACCAACAUUACUGUAAAUUUAGAAAGAAUUGCUGAUAAUAAGAAUGUUCAAAAAUGUCAACUAUGCAACAAUAGUAUUAGUGACAACUCAAAACAUGACCAAGACAUAGAUAAAUUAAUUAAUUUUAUUCGAAGAAAGAAAACAAAAUCGAUAGAGGCUUCAAAUUCUUUAGAUUCAGCUUCAGAAGGUUCAAAUUCAGCUUCAGAUUCUUUAGAUUCAGCUUCAGAAGAUUUAAAUUCAGCUUCAGAAGCUUAA